AUGACUGAGAUUAAGAAAGCCCUUCAGAUUUUUUGGAUUGCUGUGGUAACAGGAGGGAACAAAGGAAUUGGAUUGGAGAUAUGCAGGCAGUUGGCCUCUAAUGGAGUCAGAGUCAUACUAACUGCUAGAGAUGAGAAGAGGGGUUUGGAAGCAGUAGAAAAGCUCAAACAAUCCACGCUUUCUGAUGUAAUCUUCCACCGAUUAGAUGUGACCGAUCAUUCCAGCAUUGAUUCAUUAUCGGAGUUCGUCAAGAUUUCUUUUGGAAAGCUUGAUAUCUUGGUGAACAAUGCUGCAAUAGGAGGAGUCACAAUCGACGCCGAGAUACUGAACAGUCUUAAGAUUGAAAGUGAGAAGAAAACUCGAAGCAUCGUGAUGGAUUUUCUUAGUAAUCUGCAACAGAAUUAUGAGAUGGCUGAAGAGUGCUUGAAAACAAACUUCUAUGGCACUAGAGAUGUUACCCAAGCACUUAUCCCCCUUCUACUGUCAUCCAAUUCUGGAAGAAUAGUAAAUGUUUCAGCAAAAAUUGCGCAAUUUAAGGCGAAUAAAUCAACUGAAGCCAAAAGCUCAUGGAGGUGCUUCAGAAAAGGUGAUGGGCAAACAGAGGAGAAGCUGCUGGAGUUAUCCAGUUCCUUUUUAGAUGACUUCAGAGGAGGCAAAUUGCAAUGCAAUGGGUGGCCAACAACUACAUCAGCAUACACAGUGUCUAAAGCUUUAGUAAAUUCAUACACUAUGAUUUUGGCCCAAAAAUACCCUUCUUUGUGCAUAAAUUGUGUAAACCCCGGUUUUGUUAAAACUGAUAUGAAUUGGAACAUUGGAAUUAUGACCGUUGAAGAAGGUGCCAAGGGACCUGUCAUGUUAGCCCUAAUGGACGGUCCUGAUCGCUCCGGUCUCUUCUUUGAUCAGAUUGAAGAGUCCACCAUUUGA